CAUGAUCAAAGGCCGUUUUUGGAGACAUGGACAUAUCUGCCGCGAGCGUCCGGGCGCAAUGGGGCAGCGGAGGAAGUAGCGGCUCCUUGCAGGGCGGAAACUUGUCCAAGUCGCUGUCAGAUGCAACGUCCUCGUUCUCGUCGUGGGGGCAGUCUUUGAUGAAGAACAUUCCAACCGCGAUGACACCGUCAUCCGAUGGCGAAACAGCCUCCCUCACAGCCGACGACGACACAGACUUGGAGACUGGCGCGUCAUCUUCACCGUCUGCGUCGCCAGGAGGAAUCCACUCUCUGUGGAACAACAUCAAGAGCAAGAGCCAAACGGCGUUAUCUCCUGCACAACUCGACAAUGUAAAGACGUAUCCGCAGCGGUUCCGGUCGUUUGUGCUUCUGCUGCUCCUCGCGGGCCUCUUCUUCGGCAUGGCGUCGCUGUUUUUGCCUCUUCUCUUGAUCCGACCGUCGAAAUUCGCCCUCAGCUUUUCCUUUGGCAGCAUCUCGUGUCUGUCGGCGGUGGCGGCACUACGCGGAUGGAAGUCGUACUGCAAGUCGCUGCUCCAAGCCGAUCACAUUUUGCUCACAACUCUGUACCUAUCGUCACUGGCGGCCACGCUCUACUCGUGCCUUGUCAUGGGAAGCUACCUCUACGUUCUCCUCAGCGCAGGCAUCCAGUUGGUGACUCUGGGUUACUUCUUGGUGUCGGCAUUCCCCGGCGGGGUUGCCGCGUUCAACACGCUCGGAAAGGUCCUCCUGAAGACAGUAAAGGGGCUCUCGAAAGCCUGCGCCAAGGUGAUGCAAUAAUGAAGGAAUUUCGAAAUAAAAAACUGUCCAAGAAUUGGGCAGUGGGCUUUUGGCACAAUAUUUUGCUACGAAUUAUAUAAAUACAUCAAGUACCGUAGGACAAGUCCUGGGCAUCAAGUAGGACAAGUCCUG